AUGCGUAAACUACCCAGCGAGCACAUUUGCCUCCAGACUCCCACCAAGCCUCCAAACCCCUACCAAAGCCUCGAACCCCUUACAACUCCGAACUCCUCACCAAGCCUCCAGACCCUCACCAAGCUCCAGACUCCUCACCAAGCUCCAGAUCCUCACCAAGCCCCUAGCAAGCCUCAGACCCUUACCAACCUCCAACCCCUUACCAAGCCUCCAGACCUACCAAGCCUCCAGACUCCUCACCAACGCUCCAGACCCUCACCAAGCCUCCAGACCCCUUACCAAGCCUCCAGACCUCACCAAGCCUCAGACCCCUUACCAACCUCCAACCCCUACCAAGCCUCCAGACCUCUCACCAAGCCUCCAGACUCCUCACAAGCCUCCAGACUCCUCACCAACCCCUACAAGCCUCCACGCCCUUACCAAUCCUCCAAGCCCUACCAAGCCUCCAGACUCCAGCACCAACCUCCAAGCCCCUCCAAGCCUCCAGACUCCUCACCAACCACCAAGCCUCUAACCUCUCACCAGACCCCUCACCAACCUCUAGACCCCUCACCCAGACCCCUCACCAACCUCUACCCUCACAACCCUAGCCAAGCCUCUAGACCCCCACCAACCCCUAGCCCCAAGCCUCUAGACCCCCACCAAGCCCCUAGCCAAGCCUCCUAG